UGAGAGCAUUGACCACCACGCCCUGACGUGCGUGUUCAGGUAGACAGCAAUAUAAAAGAAGAAAACUGGGAGGACACAUUCAGCACGGAGCCCAGCCAUCCAACGCAGGUCGUACGGCCCGGAUCGCUUUCUCCCGGUCGAAUCUACACCUUCUCCCUAGCGGCGACCGACUCAUCGGGCAGUACUGGCUACACAGGCGAAGUUUACCUUCGAGACAAACGCCCCACCGGUCGGGGGAUACGUCCUCUCGGAUAUCCUUCGAAUGACCUCUGGAGAGGACAAGGCACUCCUGCAAACCGCAGGCUGGGUAGAUGACGUUGGCGAUCUUCCCAUGGCCUACGAGUUCGGCUACGCACACGGCCGGCUCGAAGUACUCUCCGUCUCGAGCGAGCUCUGGGUGACUAUGCUGUCUUCUGGGGCAUCCUACUCGAGCUGGCUACACACACAUUUGCCACCGGGGACGGCAUCCGACGGGUAUAACAUGACGGUGGUGGCGCAUGUCUCCGAUGUCCUCGGCUCUACUGCUGUCACGAGCCUUGGCGCUGACAACGAACCCCUGGUGCUCGUGUCAUCUCCGCCAGACCAGGUUUCCCUCUCGUCCUUGCGAAAAAAUAUAUCUUCCCUCUCAGAUCAACGAGGGUCCCUGGUCGAUCCUGCUGACAGUUUGAGGGAGGCGGCGAUGUUUUCCGCCAUUUUGGAAUACGUUCCACAGCCCGACACGCCAGAGGAAUUCGCUGAAAUAAUCGAACUUAAGGAAACUAUCGUCGCGACCGUGGUGGAGACCUACUUUGCACUUGAAUCCACCACCGCAGCAGUAAGGGCAGGUGCCGAGACCCUAGCGGGGGUAUUCAAAUCCAGCGCGGAGAGUGGAUCAAUUAGCGAUGCAGCUGCAACUGUGGUAUCGGAGGCUGCAGGAGAUAUGAUCGAACGUUCGGCGCUCGACGGACAAGUACCGGAGUCCGGCACAGCAGUCUCACUUUUGCAGAUUGUUUCUGUCCUCUUGAGCGCGAACGAUUCAUCCUCAGAGACGGAAGUGUCCUUGGACCUCGUUGUCAGCCUUGGGAAAGCUGUGGCCUUCGGAUCCGAGGCAGGGGAAGAUCUGGACCAGAUCAGCGCCGAAUCUCUCGACCUUCAGGCCGCAAAGAUCUCCGAGGCUUCCAUCCACGAGGCCUUGCUCAAUGUUGGCAACAACGGAACCAGGGUUUCGUUUGAGGGGUGGACGCUACCGCCCCAUGUCGAAGUCAAUUCCACCGUCGUCGUAGCGGUUGCGUCUCUUGCCAUGUUCACAUCUGAAGGUAAUGUUGACUUAUACUCAAGCCGGUGCUUUCAACACGAAAGCGGAAGCGGUUUGUAGUGAAGUUGACUGGGCGGGCACGAGGGACGCACGCCAGUGCGGAUGGACUCGGGGCGUCGGUGUCACUGCUCGAGAAAGCGGAGAGCUCCUUCAAGGCAGUGUAAAAGCACAUUUCCCAUACGUAGGCGUGUCUGGGUGAAGGCCAUUACGAAUGUUGCGUAACCUCGACUCCACGUGUCGAUUUUUCCACCCCUGCAGGUCUAGCAAGCGUGACGUCAAUUAAUGCGUGGGACACGACUGGCGAGGGCUUGCAUGAAUUCG